AACCUUAUUAUGCAGUGAGCUUAUUAUUGAUAUUAUUCUGCUCUCGGUUGCCAUGGCCACCUUGUGAGAGACAUUCAAUUUUCUCUCUUCCAUCAUCAUUAUCUAUGAGGCCAUCUGUUGUGGAAAAUGAAUUCAGCCUCAUUUGCAUGACUGAUAAGCAAUUUUUUUUUUAUCUAUUUAACAGAAGGUCAUAUGCCGGGGAUUUGGAGCCUGUGAAAAAAAAUGUGGAAAAAAAAAAGCCUCAGCGAGGCUGAGUGGGGCUGCGUGCAUGAGGGCUGUACGUGGGGGUGAGCCAGACCCCCGAGGCCCGUGAGCCUAUCGCGGCGUUUGCCAUCCCUGCCCGGGCGACAUUUUUUUUCCCUAAGCUACUGCACACUGACAGAGCGGGGGAGCGUUUCCCUGCAGCCUUCCUGAAGCCCUGACUUUUCACCCAUUGUCAGUGGGUGCGUUUUAUUUUUUCCUUCCCUGGACUAUGGGUUACGAUGUCAGUACUCACUGAAGACAAAAAGCAACCUUUCCUGCGUCUCGUGGUAGGCACAGUCCUCGCCGUCGCCCCACUCGUGUGGAUCAGGGCUCUCUGCCUCCGGGUGCGUUGAGCCAGCAGUUACUUGCCUUUCACUCGUGAGCCGGGUGGUCAUGUUGUGAGGGACGGUCGUGCAGAGGCCACUGCUGAGGACAAGGUGCGGGCAGCCACACCAGGACGUCUGUCCAGGCCACGUGGACACUGAGGACUCCCCGAGAGCGAAAAUGAACUCCGAGGAGAACUGGUGAAAACCCCCAGCGGGCAUCUGUGAAGCCGGCAGGCAGAGGUGCAGCCUCGGGUCCCAGAAGACCUGCGAGCCAGUCAGAGUGACCGCAUGUGCUGGAGGACAGAGAAAUGUAGUUACUGAAUCCGGUCGGACACGCACCUCCCGAAUUACCUGCCCCCCGUCGAGAAGGGCUGCAGUUGGUCCAGACACAUGGAUGCCCCGGGAGCCACAUGAAGAUGGAGAAGUCGAGGCACAGAGAAAUGAAGUGACUGCCCUGGUCACAAGUCGGAAGGACCAGGAUCGGGACUGAGACUGUGCCUCCCCCCGGCCUGUGCCCUGCCCGCGGAGUCACGCUGCCUCCGUUCCUGGGAGAGAAGACUUCCGGCAAGAGUGCACGGACCCGGCCUGUCGGUAGAAUGCCAGGGACGGUGAGCGGCCCCAUGCACGGCUAGCCUGCGGCGGGAUAGGACGCUGACCGCCUGCUACUCUGUCCCCAGAUGGAGGUGGACACAGAGGAGAAGCGCCAUCGCACACGCUCCAAGGGGGUCCGAGUCCCCGCGGAGCCCGUCCUACAGGAGCUGUUCAGCUGUCCCACGCCCGGCUGUGAUGGCAGUGGUCACGUCAGUGGCAAAUAUGCGAGACACAGAAGCGUCUAUGGCUGUCCCUUGGCUAAGAAGAGGAAAACACAAGACAAGCAGCCCCAGGAGCCUGCCCCCAAACGAAAGCCGUUCGCGGUGAAAGCGGACAGCUCCUCGGUGGACGAGUGCUACGAGAGCGACGGGACCGAGGACGUGGACGAGAAGGAGGAGGACGAGGAGGACGAGUACUCGGAGGACAACGACGAGCAGGGCGAGGACGACGAGGAGGACGAGGAGGCGGAGCGGGACGAGGAGGAGGAGAUGGAGGAAGAAGACGAGGAGGACGAGGACGGCGAGGAGGAGGAGGAGGACGAGGACGAGGACGAGGAGGAGGAGGAGAACGAUGACCAUCAAAUGAACUGCCACGGUGCGCGGGUGCUGCAGGACGCGGAGAAGGACGACGGUGACGAGUAUGACAACUACGACGAGCUGGUGGCCAAGUCGCUGCUGAAAGGCAAGAUAGCCGAGGACGCCGCCUACCGGGCCAGGACCGAGUCGGAGAUGAACAGCAACACGUCCAACAGCCUGGAGGACGACGGCGACAAGAGCGAGAGCCUGGGCCGCAAGGGCGAGCUGAGCCUGGACCUGGACAGCGACGUGGUCCGGGAGACGGUGGACUCCCUGAAGCUGCUGGCGCAGGGCCACGGCGUGGCGCUCUCGGAGAGCCUCGGCGACAGGGGCUACGCGGACAGCAUGUCCCAGCAGGACGGCAGGGGCAUGAGCUACGUGGUGCUGGGCAAGCCCGUGAACAACGGGCUGGCGGAGAAGGUGGUGGAGGAGAGCGACGAGGAGGUGUGUCUGAGCAGCCUGGAGUGCCUGCGGAACCAGUGCUUCGACCUGGCCCGGAAGCUGAGCGAGACCAGCCCGCAGGACCGGGGCCCGCCGCCCAGCCUGGGCGUGCGCCCGCACGGCAGGCAGGAGGACGAGUUCGCGGGCAGGACUCCGGACAGGAACUACUCCGACAUGAUGAACCUCAUGCGGCUGGAGGAGCAGCUGAGCCCCAGGUCCAGAACGUUCUCCAGCUGCGCCAAGGAGGACGGCUGCCGGGAGCGGGACGACGACACCACCUCCGUGACCUCGGACAGGUCCGAGGAGGUGUUCGACAUGACCAAGGGCAACCUCACCCUCCUGGAGAAGGCGAUCGCCCUGGAGACCGAGAGAGCCAAGGCCAUGAGGGAGAAGAUGGCGAUGGAGGCGGGGAGGAGAGAGGCCCUGAGAGCGUAUGAGGACCCGUCCCCGCGGCAGCUCCCCGGGGAGGACAGGAAGCCCAAGCCCAGCGACAGCCAUGUCAAAAAGCCAUACUAUGGUAAAGAUCCCUCAAGAACAGAAAAGAAAGAGAGCAAGUGCCCAACCCCCGGGUGUGACGGAACCGGCCAUGUAACCGGGCUUUACCCGCAUCACCGCAGUCUGUCCGGAUGCCCGCACAAAGAUAGGGUCCCUCCAGAAAUUCUGGCCAUGCACGAAAACGUCCUCAAGUGUCCCACUCCGGGCUGCACAGGGCGCGGGCACGUGAACAGCAACAGGAACUCACACAGGAGCCUCUCUGGAUGUCCGAUUGCCGCGGCAGAGAAACUGGCCAAGGCCCAGGAGAAGCACCAGGGCUGCGACGUGUCCAAGUCCAGCCAGGCCUCGGACCGGGUCCUCAGGCCCAUGUGCUUCGUGAAGCAGCUGGAGAUUCCGCAGUAUGGCUACAGGAACAACGUCCCCACCACCACGCCGCGCUCCAACCUGGCUAAGGAGCUCGAGAAGUACUCCAAGACCUCGUUCGAAUACAGCAGCUACGACAGCCACACUUACGGCAAGCGGGCCAUAGCUCCCAAGGUGCAAACCAGGGACAUAUCCCCCAAAGGAUAUGACGAUGGUAGGAGCAUGGCGGCCACCGCCAUCCUCAACCUCUCCACGCGCUGCCGCGAGAUGCCGCAGAACCUCUCCACCAAGCCGCAGGACCUGUGCGCCCCGCGGAACCCUGACAUGGAGGUGGAUGAGAACGGGACCCUGGACCUUAGCAUGAAUAAGCAGAAGCCACGAGACAGCUGCUGCCCCGUCCUGACCCCUCUGGAGCCCAUGUCCCCACAGCAGCAGGCAGCGAUGAGCAGCCGGUGCUUCCAGCUCGGCGAGGCGGACUGCUGGGACCUGCCCGUGGACUACACCAAGAUGAAACCACGCAGAGUGGACGAGGACGACCCCAAGGAGAUCACGCCGGAAGACUUGGACCCGUUCCAGGAGGCCUUAGAAGAACGACGGUACCCCGGGGAGGUGACCAUCCCAAGCCCCAAACCCAAGUACCCUCAGUGCAAAGAGAGCAAAAAGGAUUUGAUAACUCUGUCUGGCUGCCCGCUGGCUGACAAAAGCAUUCGAAGUAUGCUGGCCACCAGCUCGCAAGAACUCAAGUGCCCCACCCCUGGCUGUGAUGGGUCUGGACACAUCACCGGCAAUUACGCUUCUCAUCGAAGCCUCUCAGGUUGCCCGAGAGCGAAGAAGAGCGGCAUCAGGGUGGCCCAGAGCAAAGAGGACAAGGAGGACCAGGAGCCCGUCAGGUGUCCCGUCCCUGGCUGUGAUGGCCAGGGCCACAUCACCGGGAAGUACGCCUCGCACCGCAGCGCGUCGGGGUGCCCCUUGGCGGCCAAGAGGCAGAAGGACGGAUACCUCAACGGCUCCCAGUUCUCCUGGAAGUCGGUCAAGACAGAGGGCAUGUCGUGCCCCACGCCUGGAUGCGACGGGUCAGGGCACGUCAGCGGCAGCUUCCUGACACACCGCAGACUACUAACAGCCAUUAAACAAUACGCCAAGUGUAACAAUUCUUCACGGCAAGUGUGUGGAGGUCUGGGAGGGAAGCAGCGGCCCCGGGAACAGGUGGAGCACAGGAACCAGGGGUGGCAGGCGGAAGAGCCGCAGGAGCCCUGCCCAGUCAGCAUGGACUGCAACCUCAAGGGGCUCAGUUGCCUCCCGGAGAGCCGGGCCCUGGGGUGGAGCCCCAAGCACGGACAUGGAGGGCCCCACUACCGGGACGGAGACACGGGCCAGCACCCUGGGAGCGGCACGUCCCUGUCCAGAGAUGGCCACCUCUCCCACAGCGACUGCGUCCAGGAGGGCCAGACCUUCGCAGGGACCCUGCGGCCACCGCGGGCUCUCACAGGCUCUGAUAUUCAGCUCGUGCCUCCUCCCACCCUCCUCUGCCCCUUCAGGCCAAGGCCCGUCUUCAGUGCCCGCUUGGGCUUCCUCGAGGUGCGGGCCAGCACACCAGCACUCGUGUCCCCUGAGCUUGUCUGGAACCUUCCUCCGGCUGUUCUGGAGCUGGCGCCAGGGGCCGACAUCUGGGGCCCAGGGCUGGCGCCCGGCUGCCGGUUAACUGUUCGCUGCCUGGAGUGUGCGGCGCCACUGGCAGAGAUCGAGAGCGAGACGAGGUCCCAGUGGAAGGGCUCCCUCUUGUUCUACAGGCCAGGCACAGAGCGUCUCAGCAGCUGCCAGCAGCGCUGGCACCUGCCCACGAGUCUGCUAGACGCGGGAUCCUGUGCCCUUCACCGUCCCCUCCAGGGGGCGGUGCCAGCUGCCUGUGCAGACAACCCCACGCCAAAAGCUGCCCGUUCCAUGGAGUACCAUCCCACAGGCCGAGCAGUGCUGCCAAGCGUGGUACGGGCCCCGCAGCCCUGGGGUCACCCGUGGUCACCCGGGGUCACCAGCUCGGCCUGGAUCGAGAACGACGAGGAGAUCAAGCAGCUGGACGAGGAGAUCAAGGAGCUCAGCGAGUCCAACUCGCAGAUGGAGGCCGACAUGAUCAAGCUGAGGACUCAGAUCACCACGAUGGAGAGCAACCUGAAGACCAUCGAGGAGGAGAAUAAGGUGAUCGAGCAGCAGAACGAGUCCCUCCUGCACGAGCUGGCCAGCCUCAGCCAGUCUCUGAUCCACAGCCUGGCCAACAUUCAGCUGCCACACAUGGAUCCAAUCAAUGAACAAAAUUUUGAUGCUUACGUGACUACUUUGACGGAAAUGUAUUCAAAUCAAGACCGUUAUCAGAGUCCAGAAAAUAAAGCCCUACUGGAAAACAUAAAGCAGGCUGUGAGAGGAAUUCAGGCCUGAGCAGCUGCUGUAGUGAUGAGACCCUGGCUAUGAAAGGAUGCCUCUUGUUUGUGCUGCUGUAAAUGCCCAGGAAGUGUCACGUUUUUAUUUCUGUUGGGAACAGUGUUAUGCUACAGGACUUCAUAAUGAUUCCAUGUCUUGCUUUCCAAAUAGCACCUGCAGAUAGUUCGGAAUACAUGCCAUUCUGUACUUCCAUGUAGGCUGACGUAGUGUGACAUGCCAUGUACGCUCAUAGCUGCUAACAUGUGCACAUUCGGGGUGUAUGUGUUUCCGAAGAGGUAAGCUGAUCAACAGAAAUAGAGUGUACAUUCUUUUUAAUGCUUUAGCAAUUAAAUGUUCUAGUACUUUGAACCGAGAUGGACAAACAAAACAGCUUCGAACGACCGCGCCGUGGCCCCAGCCACUCCCCUCCGAGUCGUUCUGCCCGAGCUGGAGGACCUUCUGGGAUCAGAAGUGCAUCCCGUGUGCAUAUCGUUUCACAGCAAGAAUCGGUUGCAAAAAUGCUUUAUUUUUGAACAAUGCCUGGAAAUAUUAUGUGAUUUUUUGUUUGUUUGUUUUAGGAGGAUGGUGUAUGGUGGGGCAAUAAAUGAGCUUUUUUGCAUUCCAAGGAAAUGGCCUAUGCACUAACUGUAAGGAAUGAGAUAAGUAAUGUAUUGUAAGACAACAUCAGCCAUGGGAACUUGGCAGAAGAGUCAAAGCAGCUUAAGCAGCACUUUUAAAUGAACUCCUAGACAUUCCGUGGUGUGACCGUGGACGCUGCAGUGAGACAGGAACUUUGCAGAGGCGGCCACGCGAAGAGGUCCUUUUCCGUUUGCGAUGGACUUCGGAACAACCUUCUCUUACUGCCCUAGAGCCCGAGCCCCUCCGACCCGUCUGCUUGUGCAGUGCGACUCGCCCAGCGGGAUCUGUGUUCGAUUUAAGCUGAAAGAUCAGCUAAGAGCAUUUCUCUGCCCCUUCCACUUCUAACGCUCAUGCCUGUCACUGUCACACCCACUGUCGUGGGACCUGGGAGAGACGGGGCCGGCGAGCUGUGGCACUCUCCCUGCUGAGCCGAUUCUCCGCCGGACCCCGUGGGCGGGAAGCUGCUGCCUGACCUCACUCUGAACGAGCACGCGGUCCUGCACAGAGUUGCUGCUCGCCUGGCACCUAGGAGCGGCCCUCCGCGAAGACCAGUUGACCACAGCAUUUGUGUGGUCUGUGGUUUGGCCUGUCGUGACCUAUUCUGAGAAUGAAUGAAAUCAGACUUUAAAAGGAACAAAAUCUACUUCAGCACUUUUUUGCUUUGAACUCGAUCACCUUAGGCUUGUCCGUCCUUGCAGGUCUGGCUGUCCCCGUGACCGCGUGGUCCGCACGUGGACGGCCGCUCUGCCCGCUGCGCCCUCGGAGCAGCCCUGGCGACACGCGUGCUUCCCGAUGUUGACUCGACGCGCCCUCACUAGCCUCUCUUCCUUCCAUGUCUUGAUGUUAUGCAGGAAGUACAAGAGUAAUUUAAAAUUUUGUUAUGAAAUAAAAAGAAGGGUUUUGUAAAAAUUAAAAAAAAUAUUUUUAGCAGAACAGGACUUACAGGGUCAUUGUCCCCACAACGUGCCAGUCGGCUAUUUGCACUCACCUGUCCUCUCCACCCGUACGGAGGGAUGCGCUGCGAGUGCUGGCAGCCGCGACACUCGCCCGAUGGACUACGGAGGAGGCUCCCGGCCGACCCGCUCACGUUGCCAGGGAGACGACAGGGAUCUCACAGCAGCUAUCCUGAUCCAGUUCCGACCUCGGUCUGUCGCGAUGUCACAUAUAUGCAUACCCAGCCGCACUUUACGCUCACUGUACAAAGCGGACAGUUUUCCACGAGGACCUCCGUGCCCAGCUGGGAAGACGGUGUGAUUGCCGGGCUCUGCGGCCCUCUGUACAGUGCUUUCUGUCGUGCUUGUAGUUGUAGCUGCCGUGCUCAGAUGGCCUCGGAGAGCCGGAGCAGGUGUGUGGCCACUGCGCGGCGGCCCGGCCUCGCCCUCGGGCGCUCCGUGAGGCACGUGCACCUCCGCGCGCUGUGUCUGCUGCCUCGUUGCCCGUUAGUGAUGCUUCUCGUAGAGUGCUAGGUAGUGUCGGUUCGGAUUCUUCUCGUUCUCACCUGUGUACAAUGGAAAGGGAUGUAAGCACAAACCUGCUGCCCAUGUAACGUUGGGGCCUAAUAUCGAAUCCAAGUAUCUGUGACUAUUCUAGGGAUCGCAAGUAUCACCUAUUAGAAUGCCGACUUCCAUGGGUUAUCGUGAGUCAUCAGAGUUUAUUUAUUAUAACUAUUGUUCAUAUUCAUUUCUAAGUUCAUUUAAGUGAUCAUUUAUUAAGACAGAAUUUUGUAUAACUAUUUAUUGUGCUCUCUGUGGGACUGAAGUUUGAUUUAUUUUUGUACUACGCAGCAUGGGUUUGUCGACACUUUAAUUUUGCUCUAAACGUGUGAGAUCACAACGUUGCUGUGAUACUUCAUUUUUAAAUCGUGACCUUUGUACGGUUUUGUCAUGCUGGAUGUUAACACACCUUACUCCGAAUAAAACGGUGUUGCCACGUUUGCAGCACGGACGAUGC